AUGGAUAGUAAAAAUAAACAUAAAAAAUACAAUUUGAGAUAUCGGUAAUAAAAGUUAUAUAUAUUAUGUUAGUAAAUUAGUUAGAAAAUUAAGGAACUUUAAGCAAUGGUUUAUAAAAUUUUUUAUGGUAAGGAUAAGAAGAAGGAGUAGUAAGAUGAAAAAAACCGUUAAAAUUUAUGGAUCAUUCAAUUAGAAAAGUAUAUCCUACAACUUGAAAAUAGUUUUGAAAUAUAUUUAUAGAUAGUAUUAUAAAUGUUUUAAUUGUUUUUUGUUUUUUAGAUAAUAGUUUUAGGAUAUUCAUAACCAAACAGCCUUUUUAUUUGAAGAAAAGUUUGAUAAAAUAAAAGAUGCUGUGGUGAUUUAGAGAAAUGAAAGAGAUGUUAAUAUAAAAUAUAUGUAAUCAAUAAUAGAUUUAAAAAUCAUUGUGCAUAUUGACUUCCCAACCAGAAAUAGAAGGCUUUUAUUUAACAAGUUAAGGAAGAACUUAUUUCUUAAUUUUUUAUGGAAUUCUAGGUGAGCGAACAGAAAGGGUUCGUUCAGUUUUAAGUUAAAUGGAUUUAGCUUAAACUAAGAAGGGUUCUUUAUUUUAUGGUUAUUAAAGAAUGAGUUUCUUAAUUUUAACUUUCUUGAUGACUUGA